UUCGCUAUGUCCGGCCGCGGCAAGGGCGGGAAGGGCCUGGGCAAGGGCGGCGCCAAGCGCCACCGCAAGGUGCUGCGCGACAACAUCCAGGGCAUCACCAAGCCCGCCAUCCGGCGGCUGGCCCGGCGCGGCGGCGUCAAGCGCAUCUCCGGCCUCAUCUACGAGGAGACCCGCGGGGUGCUCAAGGUGUUCCUGGAGAACGUGAUCCGGGACGCCGUCACCUACACGGAGCACGCCAAGCGCAAGACGGUCACGGCCAUGGACGUGGUCUACGCGCUCAAGCGCCAGGGCCGCACCCUCUACGGCUUCGGGGGCUGAG